GCUCAGUGAUUGAGUGCUUGCCUAGAUUGCACAGAGCCCUGGGUUCCAUCCCUAGCACUGCAAAAAUAGGUAAACAAGCAAAUAAAACAAGCUUCAAGGAAAAGAAAAAAAAUCAGCAAGAAAUCAAAACUGAAUGAGUGUGAACAUUUUCAGGAACAGGCCUCUACACACAAAGAGAAGGGAUUAGAGUAGGUCUCUAGAUGCCUUCAUGCCUAGACUUUAAUAAAAUAAUAAACUGUUAAUGUUUUAUAAAGGUGAUCUCAAUGGCGAUUGUAGAGAUGGAUAGAAAAUAGAGUCAUAAGCAACAAAACUUAUUCCUUAUAAGAAGGAAUCAAAAGCUGAGAGCUGACACAUUUAAAAGCCUUGCCUAAGGUCAUGCUGCCAGUGCAUAUGUCACCCCAGCCCCAUGUAUUAUCCACUCUGCCCUAUGCUUAAACAUGGAUGUUUUCUGGCUGUUGUAAACUACAUGGGCAGGCAUAUUUAGGACAAAUGUUAAAUUCAUGCAAUGUGAUGCAAACGUGGAAAAGUCUGGGGUUUAGGAGACUUGUGUUCCUAUUCUAAAUUACAAAUCACAUACCUUUGGGCAAAUAAUUUUUCUUGAGUCUCAGUUUCCUUGUGCGUGAAAUGAGGCAAUUAACUAUGAUCUCUUGAACAACUACCACUCUGUUAUGCUAUUUAAGUACAUAUACGGAACAAGUUGAAUGUUUCUAUUAAAUGCAUUUAAUGGCAUCCAGGUGACGAGGAAAUUCAGGAAGGCAAGACAUAGAGGAAGGCCAACUGUGUUUUCAGAAACCACUCAGUCUGUAAGCUCACUUCCCUUUUGUAAAGAAGCUUUGGGAUUUAAGGUAUCUAGAUAGAAGUCACUCUCCCAGGGCUAAGGGCACGUGGGGCUGGUAUUGCCUCAGGAAUGAAUGGUGUGGCUGGAACACAACAUUUUCUGGCAGUUCAUGCCAGAAGCCCCCCGAGAGUAAGAGUACCUUGUGUUCAUGAGAUGGAAUAGAAUACUGCGGUCUCCUCAAUUCCAUCCAAAGUCAGGGAGUAAAAAAGCAUUACCGAGAGGAAUAUGACUUUCCUAAAAGGCAGGGUUUGAAAGUUUGAAGGUCGAAGUCAGACUAUUAGAGUGGAGAGCUGUGCAUAUAUCACCUAUUCAUUUUAUAAAUUUCUAAGUGAGGAAGCUCAGAUUCAACAAGGUAUAGGACAUGAACGAAUUUGUGUUAGAACAAGGACAAGAACUGGGUCAUGAUCAUAUUGGCAGUUGCCUAUGGAUGUGAGGAUAAGGAAGUUGCCAUCCAUUGUCCUGUUCUCCAGCUCCUAGUUCAGUGCCUGCAUAGAGUACCUGCUUUAUGAGCACUGACUGAAUGAAUGCAUGAACCAUCUGACUGCAUUUUAUAUUCCCCGUUAACCAGCCCAACUUGCACACUGUCCAUUUCAGACCUACUUAACCUAAGUAAUAAGAUGAGGGUUCUUUCUACUGGCUAUGACUAAUACUUUUGUUCCUCUGAAAUAUUGCUUCCUCUUUGUUGAGGCACCAAGACAAACAUCAUCAUGUUCACAGGACAUGUGGGGUGUGGUAUGACAAACAACUGGGGCUUCUUUUCAUGUGACUGAAGAUUUAGCAGCAUCAGUACAGACAUCAUUGGUAGUCAGACACCCUCAAGUGUGGUCUGGCAAUCAGCAGAAGUAGCUUCCAUUCAUGUGAUUGUGGAGGAAAGAGACAGUUGGAGGAAAUACUUAGUUCAUCUGGAGAGUUCAAAUUGUGCCUAAACAGAGUCAUCCUCUGACUCUUCCUCUGAAGAGCCCAUGUUUUCACAUGGUAUCCUGUUAUUGCUGCUGCUGCUGCUGCUUCUUACAAGGUCUUCGGAAGGGGAAUACAUAGUCGAGGUGGGUCAGGAUGCCAGUUUGCCCUGCAGCUACAAACCCAUCUCUUCAGGGAGUCUUGUGCCUGUGUGCUGGGGCAAGGAGUCCUGUCCUAUAUUUGGAUGUAAUGAUUUGGUGCUCAGCACUGAUGAAAUGAAUGUGAAAAAUCAGAAAUCCAGCAGAUACCAGCUAAAGGGGAAUUUCCACAAAGGUGAUGUGUCCCUGACCAUAGUGAAUGUGACUCCAGCUGACAGUGGGACCUAUUGUUGUCGGAUCCAGUUUGAAGGACCAAUGAAUGAUUACAAACUAAAUGUGGAGUUGAUCAUCAAACCAGCCAAGGUCAACCCAGCUCCAACUGCCCAGAGAGAUGUUACUACAGUUCUUCCAAGGAUGCUUACCACCGAGGGACAUGGCUCAGUGGAGACAAAGACCCUGGGGACCUUCCAUGAUAAAAAUCGAACACAGAUAUCUACAUUUGCUGAUGAGUUCCAAAGCUUUGGAGCAACCACCAGAAGAGGCCUCUAUAUUGGAGUAGGAAUCUCUGCUGGGUUGGCUGCUAUGCUUAUUUUUAGUGUUUUAAUUCUCAAAUGGUAUUCUCAUAGGAAAAAGAAACAGAAUUCAAGUCUCAUCACGCUGGCCAACCCCCGGCCCUCAGGGUUGGCAAAUGCAGCAGCAGACAGGAUGCGCUCAGAGGAGAACAUCUACAUCAUUGAGGAAAACAUAUAUGAGAUGGAGGACCCGAAUGAGGACUACUGCUAUAUCAGCAGUGAGCAGCAAUACUGACCACCUCUGGGUUCUCACCUUUUUAUGCCAUUGAAUCCAGCACCUUCAUUUUUGACCUUGGUGUUGUUUUUUUUUUUUUCAAAACUGAGAUGUGUCAGCUAACUGGUUUUACAGGUUCUGUCCAGGGGCACCAAGAAGAGUGUUCCUAUUUUCUGGAGAUAAUUAGCUCACAUUGGGGUUCAACUGUGACCUUUGCUGUACAUCAUUACCUCUGUAUCCCAGCUAACAGGGGUAUCCAACCCAGAGACUGCCAAUCAUGGGCAUUAGACUUCAAAUGUACUUUUAUGCACAUUAGGGAUUCUUGAUAUGAAAUCUUUCCAAGAAAUUCAGGCUUAUGAUGUGACUGUGAAGCUCCUGAGAAUGUAGAGUAUGCUGUGUGUCGAGACAUGUGCUUUUCUUCUUCGGUACAGAUAGUCUAAAGGGGCACUGCUUUUCAUGGAGAUCUGUAAUCCUUAAAAAGGUACAAUAAGCCAAAUGUUGUGGUACAUACCUGUAAUCUCAGCAACUCGGGAGAUUGAGGCAAGAGGAUUCCAAGUUGGGGGCCAGCUUCGGCAACUUGGCAAGGCCCUAAGUGA